CAAUGUCAGUAUGGUCAGUACCACCAGCUGAACCGAUCGGACUACAAGUGCAGAGAUGCUGAACAUUCUGAACACACUGAACUGGAGAAGAUGCCUGCAGCACGCAGCCGCGUUAACAGCUUGUCUGACGUUCCUGAUCGUCGGGACAUUUACGUCCUGGACUUCGCCAACGCUUCCCAAGCUGGAGGCCGCUGAUUCGCCGAUUCCCAUCACCCGAGAUCAGGGAUCGUGGAUCGUAUCCUUAACAGGAGUGGGUGGUAUCUUGGCGCCAAUUCCUGCCGGGUACCUGGUCAACAAGUACGGCCGCAAGAAGCUGUUGCUCUUCACAGCACUACCCUUCAUCCUGGCUUGGCUACUCAUCAUCUUCGCCAGGUCAGCGACGGAGAUGCUGGUGUCGAGAGUGGUGGCUGGGUUCGGCGUCGGCAUCGUGUUCACAGUGUGCUCCAUGUACGUGGCAGAAAUAGCAGAGAACAGCGUGCGAGGAAUUCUGGGGACGCUGAUGCAGUUGCUGAUGAACCUGGGUUCAAUGUUCGGGUACUGCGUGGGCCCCUACGUCUCCUACACCGCCCUCGGGCUGCUGUCCGCACUAUUCCCCGUCGUAUUCCUGGGGCUGAUGCUGUUCAUGCCCGAGACUCCACACUUCUUGCUCAUGCAAGGCCGGCGAGAAGAGGCAGAAGUCACCCUCAUGAGACUGCGCGGGCGGUCUAACCGGCAGGAUAUACAGGAGGAGCUGGCAGGCAUCGAGACGGCGCUGCUGCAGCAGAUGAAGGACAAGGGCAGACCACGUGACCUGAUCGCAACCCGGGGCACGCGCCGGGCCCUCGUCGUCAUGAUCGGCCUCAUAUUCAUCCAGCAGUUUGGCGGCAUCAUGGCUAUCCUGAGCAACGCGCAGGACGUGUUCGACAUCACCCCGGGAAGCUCACUCUCUUCCAGCGAGUCCGCCAUUGUCGUGGGAGGUAUUCAGCUGCUGGCAAGCGUCGGCACCUCCUCGCUCGUGGACCGUCUCGGACGUCGCCCGCUGCUCCUCGCCUCUACCUGCGGUUGCGCAGUGUCCCUCGCAAUUAUGGGCGCCUACCAGUACGUCCACCUGAGGACGGAUGUCGACACUGCACACUACGACUGGCUCCCUCUGGGUUGCGUCGUUGUGUUCUUGGUCACUUACUGUUUGGGGGUGGGGCCGCUGCCCAUCGCCAUGAUGGGCGAGAUGUUUCCUUCGAACAUAAAGGGCCUGGCGCUCUCUAUCGGCUCCAUGCUCCUGUCUGUCUGUUUCUUGAUCGUCACGAAGCUGUACCAGGUGGCAGUAGAUGGGCUCGGCUCAUACUUCACAUUCUGGUUCUUCGCGGGAGUGUCAGCGGCCGGCGUAACUUUCGUCUUCUUCCUCGUUCCCGAGACCAAAGGCAAGUCUCUAGAGAACAUUGUGUUGGAACUCAACGGCGCCAAGACAGGAAAACAGGCGCCCAGCGUCGAGCCGGUCCAAGUGCAUGUCUCUACAAUCGCAGCGUAAGGACGCCAGUUCUCAAGAGGCUGCUGGAACUCCAUGACGACAAGAGAAAACACUCUCUUCUCGCCAGUUUAGUGCCAAACAGAGUCGUCGAAAAAUCUUUUCUUUUCUUCAGUUAAUUUUUCUUUCAUACAUAAUUACAUUUUCUUAAAUGAACAAGUAAUAUUUUGAACUUGAAGCUCUGACACCGGCGUCUAUGAAUAAUUCUGGAAUUAAAGUCGAAUAGUUCGGUGAAAGUCAACCAGUAAUUCGGAGGAGUAAAUCGCCUCCGUCUUCAGGGUUUCAGAGAGUAAGCAAGGCAAGAAACCAUCAAGCUGGUAGCAAGCAGAGCCGACAUUUUGAAGUUUUUCCCCCCCAAAAAACACAAAACUCCUCAAUAACUACUAAUAUGUGUUUUAAUUCGUAAAUUUGUCCAUUUCUUAGUGUAGCUUCAAGUGGGUAUGCUGCACCACUCCCAGAUGUGUAUGGCGCGUUGGUGGAAUGAGAAUUGUCAGGGGAAAUUGGAGUACUGAAAUAAAACCUAACAAGUGC